AUGCCGAAGGAAGAGCCACUUUCCAGUCCUGCAAAGCGCGCUACGCCAUCAAGUCAACCUGCUUCGCCUUCUAAGCGAGUCGCUGGAACCAGUGGAGGAGGUGCAGGGGCCAAAUGGACGUUGGAGGAUAGUAAGUCCCGAUAAUCAUGACUCCUACUCGCUAUCCUGACCAUUGCUGAAGCUCGUAGCCCUUUCGUCUUUGCAAGAAUACACACUCGUGCUUGGACUGUUGCACCUGAAUAACGCGGCCAACCUGCCCGAAGCUCAGCGCACCGAACUCGGUAGGCUGAUCGGCAAGACCCCCUCUGCAGUCAGUGUAAGUGAAUGAGGCUUCAAUGGUAUCCGGUCGUAUGUCUGCGCCAGAUGGAAAUUUGAUGCUGACGCCUUGACCUGCCUGCUCCGCUUCCUUCUCCUGCAGACAUUCAUGUGUGAGUGUGAAUCACGGAGGUGCUUGCCGUGGGCUUUACCUUACACCGAUGCCCACAUCCCAAACUCUAGACCGUGGACUUCGACAAGAUAUCGCCAAGCUGGAGAAGAGCUUGAAGGAUCAAAAAGGAGGAGGAGCAAGCUAG